CCUACUGUCUCAAAAUGGAAAUAAUAGUGCUCUAUUAUGACGCAAACGUUCAGUUACAGUGCGUGACUAUAAAUAGCCCGACAAUCACGAUUCAGUAUCAUUUCGUCGAAUACGGUAGUUUCAAUAACAAGGAGAGUUUUUAUCUGUGUGGUCCACAAUGGACCAAUACACGGACUUUUUGUCCACCCUCAACCGGCACGCACGCCAUCUCCUCGGGGUAGCCUUUGGCGAUGUGCCGCAGGAUCACCACCAGCAGGCGCUGAAGACCGAGAACCUGCUGGAGGAGAGCAGUGCGAAGGAAGAAAAUGCCUCUCUGAAGGCUAAGUUACAAGAACAGAGGGCCUCUCUGGAGUUGGAGUUUGAGAAACAGAAGGCGUCUCUCGCAGCGAAGUUCAGGGAGGAGAAGGAGUCUUUGGAGGCGGAUUGGAGAGCACAGAGGGCGCAUCUGGAGGAAGAGUGCCAUCAGCAGAAGGCGUCGGCGGACGCUGCUAUAGAUGCAGAGCGCAAGAAGCUGUAUCGGUUCGUGUCUUCGGUGACCAGGCAGCUGUAUGGGCAGCGAAAACAGAUCGACCUCCUCCGGGCUGCCCAGCACGAGCGAAUGCUGGCCGACCUGAAGAAGCAGGCCGCUCGCUGGAUGGUGGCACCUUGGGACUGCCCGGCCAGUUGUGAUGAUGCUGAUGUUCCGAUGGUCUUCUCUACAUGGAGCCUGAGGGAGGAGACCAGGAGGAUCCAGGAGGACAUGCCCCGCCUGUACAACCACCUGGAGGAGUACUAUCAGCAGGAGAAGAUGCUUCAGCACCUUGUGAAGCAACAGAGAAGAGAGUCAGAGCUUGAGAGGAUGGCGUACAUCAAAUGCCAAAUACAUGAAGGAGGAAGCAAAGAGAAGAAACAGAGGAAGAGCGAGGAGAAGGCCAAGAGGGAGGCCGAGAAAAUUGAGAAGAAGAAGAAGGCAAAGCAGGAGAAAGAAGAGGCUAAGGAGGCAGCUAUGGCUGAGAAGGCAGCAGCAGGAGGAAAGAGGUCGUUCAAGAGACUCCUCCUGUGCUGCUUCAGGAGGAGGGCCACUGCAGCUGAUUGA